GCGGAAGAAGAAAAAGAUCGGAAAUGAUCAACCCAUCAGCUGGGUAAAAUCAAGACUAAAUCUGUGUAAAAUAGCUCCGUUGUAAAAAUUUUAUAUCGUUAAAACUGAGCCAGUAAUAUCAAUGUUAUGUAGCUGUAUAUGCUAGCAAUAAACACACGGAGUUCUUCUCAAUGGAGCUGGAGAUAUAAAGUUAACCAUCGGUCGGUAACAUAAGUCAACAGUGCCUAACAUAAACACUCCUCAAUGAGGCAGCCCUGCGUUACAGGAUUAUCUUUAUAAACACCGGAGGCUGUUCUUGGGGAAAGAAUUGUUGUUCCAGAAUGUCAGAUGAUGUUGUCCUGUUGAAUGUCCCGGUUAUCCGGCAGCUCUUCCAUUGGGACUGUGGACUGGCAUGCUCACGAAUGGUUUUAAAGUACCUCCAUCCUGUGAGCGAGGAGGAGUUCCAGAGAGCCUGCUGGGACCUGAAGCUGAAAGAGAGCGUGUGGACCAUCGAUCUGGCCUACCUCAUGUGUCAUUUGGGGGUCAAAAAUUGCUUCUGUACCCAAACUCUCGGGGUAGAUAAGGGCUUCAAGAACCAGUCUUUCUACAAGAAGCACUUUGACACCGAGGAGGACCGGGUCAACGAGCUCUUCCUGACGGCAGAGAGUAGGGGUGUGUCGCUCAAGAAAUGCUCUGUGAGUGUGCAGGAGCUCCAGAGCCAUGUGUCCCAGGGCCAUGUGGCCAUCGUGCUGGUGAACGCCGUGCUGCUGGUGUGUGAGCUGUGCUCCAGCCCGGUCAAGUACUGCUGCUUCCUGCCUGUGGGCCAGAAGUGUUUCUGCAAGAAGCCCGACUAUCAGGGACACUUUGUGGUGGUGUGUGGCUUCAACCACACCGCUGGAUCAGUCUUCUACAACAACCCUGCCUUCUCUGACCGGGUGUGCUGCACCAGCAUCAGUAACUUUGAGGAGGCCCGGCGCAGCUACGGCACAGAUGAAGACAUCCUCCUCAUCUUCAAGGAGAGCUGAUCUCUCCCAUGGUCAUCGCUUUACCAUCAUGCACCUGUGCCACUGGCAGUAUCCCCACCUGAUGGAACACAGACCCAUGGUCAUCGCUCUCCCAGCAUGCACCUGCGCCACUGGCAGUAUCCCCACCUGAUGGAACACAGACCCAUGGUCAUCGCUCUCCCAGCAUGCACCUGUGGCCCUGCGUCCAUCAUGGCACUGGUGGCUCUGGCUGACGCCUCAUGUGGGUACAGAGUCUGGACUGUAUUUGAGCAGUGCGCGCCCCACCCCCCCCGGUCGCCAUGACUCCGUGCUCUACCACCCAAUGAACCCCCCCCCCUGAGGCUUCAGCCACACCCCCAUGCUAGCAGACAGCGAGAGAGGCAGCACCCACUGACGACACCCCUCACUUCUGUCUUUUUUUUUCUAGCCGCUUGGGUGUAGAUAUUAGAGUUUGUUGCCCUUUGGAUUUAGUGUGCGUGCUUUAUCUGUGGAAGACUGACCUCAGAAGGUGAUCCGCUUUGCGGGGAGGUUGGAGGGAGCCUCUGGAAGGAAGGACUGGAGGAGACGAGAGGAAAUGAGCUGCUGAUGAUGAUGACAUCCCAUGACCUCACUGUCUGUGUUCUUGUGUAGCCUCCUCGUGUAAGCCCCUGUGUAUUUACUAAAUGAGUGUUUGACGACUGUUUUAAUAAUUGAUUGAAAGAGGGACGAUGUGUUCCGUAAACUCAGGUAAAAACCCAUUAAGACAAACGUGAACUGUAAGAUGAAUUGAGUGGAGUUGUUUUGCUCUGUAAAGAGAGCACUGCUACAUACACACUUAAGCGCUGUUACCUCUCAGCAUCACCAGCUCACUGGUCCUGAAGGCUUUGUGUGAAUCGGCACGCUUAGGCAAGGACCCCGGCUGUCCUGGCAGACGGUGCACGUUUCGUUACCUACACGCCUCCCUGCAGCAUGCGCGUGCCACCGAGCAGCGUUCAGCACAGACGCCCGACGGCACGGGACUAGUCACGUCGGUAAUCAGUGCUCGACCGCAGCAGGGCUGAAACCAGUAAUGUAUUAAGAGGUAGGACUGCAGGCCAGAUGCUGACAGACUGCAGGCCAGAUGUGGAUGUCGGUCCUUCAGCGGACGUGCCGACUGUUCCCCAGUGCGCAGCGCAGGCGCACCUUCCGUUGAAGGGGCCUACCAAACGUUGAAGGAUGAACUGCUAUGUGCAAGUGGAAAUGAAUUAAAGACUGUUGAAUUCGUGUUGUCUAAGUCAUCAUGGAUGCCACUAUUUAUAAUUUUUCUUUAAUUAUGUGGGCGAAAGGAUUGCACUAAGUUAUGUCAGCCAUAAUCAAGUGUUUUGUUUUUCGACUCACCUGUACUGAGCUCUUCUGUCUGAACAGAAUGUAUUUAAUUUAAAUUAAGCGUUCAUGGUUUUCUUAAGGAAAAAAAUUAAUUACACGCUUUAUUUUUAAGACAUUAUGUAUACAGUUGCAUUCAGUGAUCAAUAAAGUAUAUGAUGUUUAUUUUAAUGAUG